UGUUUUCCAUAUAUAGACAGUCGUUACAUCAAAUUCUCAGUGUUCCAUCGCUGUAAAAUUCUCGAUCGGGAGUUUUAGUGGUUUGCGGCUCGACGAAGGGGGAGAAUAAAGGUUGAUGUGAUCCUAGGCGUGCCUAACGCCAUCGAUGGACGCAACCUCGCGGUAAGGUCAUAUCGGUAUCCAACUCCACCCGGAGAGCGUAACUUUGCAAUGUCGGCUGGACUUGAAGCUCUGAAGCAUAUAUCCAAGGACUCUGGGUUCCCGAUUACUAUCCAUCCGCACUUUUCCGAGAAAAUUAAGAACCAUGUUCCGCCAGAGCCCGUCCGAGAAGAAAUAAUCCCGGAGAAGGACCGUGCUACAUUUGCGGACCCCGAGAAGAAAGCUCUUUUCUCGGUCGCCAAACCUGUCGACUUGACAGAAUCGGUCGGCACCGUCCUAGAGAACGUGCAGCUUUCCCAAUUAACCCCACAACAGCUAGAUGAGCUUGCGCUGCUUGUAAAUGAGCGCGGAGUCGUCUUCUUCCGCAACCAAGAUUUGACUACUGAUGGGCAAGUAAAACUUUUUGAACAUUAUGGUACCUUGGACCGACAUCCUGCCCAAAAGGAUGUUCGACACGUCGUGAUCCGAGGCAGCCGAGAGGACCACCGUGAGUUGCUCAAGUAUACUCCGUGGCCUUCGGGAGACUGGCACGCCGAUACUUCAUUUGAGGUUAACCCACCUUCGUAUUCUCUUCUCCGAAUGGAAGAGCAUCCUCCCGUGGGAGGAGACACAGCCUGGGUCUCCGGUUAUGGUCUCUAUGACACAUUGAGUGAUGCGAUGAAACGAUUUGUCGAAGGCCUACAUGCGGUGCACACUUCAAGACUGCAGUACGACACAAUUUUGGACCUGUGGGGCGUUGGGCCGAACCGCCCCCCUAUCGACUCGCAUCAUCCGGCCGUUAGGACCCACCCGGUUACGGGAUUGAAGGCGUUGAACAUAAACGCCGGGUUCGUCACCGGGUUCGCUGAGCUGAAGAAGUAUGAGUCCGACAAGCUUCUCGACUUCUUCCAGUACCACCUUCAUUCCGCGGAUGACCACUCUGUCCGAUGGAAGUGGGAGGUUGGCAGUGUGGCGAUGUGGGACAACAGAUGUGUACUCCAUCGGGUUAUCCCUGGCUCGUAUGAAGCGCCUCGAAGGGGAAUUCGCACGACGGUCUUCGGGGAGAAACCGUACUAUGAUCCUGCAAGUGAAGGGAGAGCUGAAAGGGAGCGGAGACUCAAAGAGGAGACAGCUAAAGGGUUGUCUCGAGAGACGAAUACCAAGGAAAACCCCGUAAAUACACCCGCUUAAAUAUACCGGGAACUCCGUUUCAGGUUAAUAUUUAAUGAAAUGCUUAUAACAUCUCUAAUUUAUAUGACUUAUAAUUGAAACUGAUAAUGGGAGGAACUCUGGAAAGGACUCUUCGGGUUUGUUACUACUUGCUGUAGCAUUAAAAUGUAAUUGAUGCCGAACAGAAAUUUAAACGGCCUUCAUACGCAUAGCAUACUACCUUGAAACCUGAAUUAUAUCGUCAAAUUGGUG